AUGGCGGAUCAGAAUCCAAUUGAAGGUUCGAGUACAAGUAAUGUCUCUGGUGAAAGUUCUGAAUCGAUCGUGGAGCUCAAUAUCAAGACCCUUGACUCCCAGAUGUAUAGCUUUCAUGUGGACAAGGAUAUGCCUGUUUCAGCAUUCAAGGAGAAAAUAGCUAGUCAAAUUGGGGUCCCAGUCGGGCAGCAACGUCUAAUUUUUAGGGGCAAGGUCUUAAAGGACAGUCACCUCCUUUCUGAAUACCAGGUGGAAAACGGGCAUACAUUGCACUUAGUAGAGAGGCAGCCUUCUCAACCACAGCCCUCAGCUGGUACCAGCUCAGAGGAGACUACUGCAAAUAAUGGCACUAGAGGACAAGAACCUAGUGGUGGAGGAUUGCGGAACCGUGUAGGGCAAAUUUCUCACAGCGUCGUAUUGGGGACCUUUAAUGUUGGAGACCAAGAAGGCACUGUGCCAGACUUAAGUCGGGUGAUAGGGGCAGUUCUAAAUUCUAUUGGGAUUGGUAACCAGACUGUUACUAAUGGUACUGGCGGCACACAAUCUAGUGCGCAGUUCAAUCCUCCCAUUCAAGCGCCUCAAGGGAAUGAAACAGAAGGGCUAAGAGGUAAUGUUGGCAUUCAGAGCCAAGCAGGAUAUCAAUCACAGCCUAGACAGGCUUUUCCUAGUCCUUUGCCCCAACCUUUCCAAUUUCCGAUUGGAGCAGCUAUGGCUGUUCCUUCGCUCAAUGUGCCAAUUCCUGAUUCUUUGCACACACUUACUGAGUUUAUGAACCGCAUGGAGCUGGCAUUGUCUCAGAAUGGGUUUCAGCCAGAUCAAUCAUUAAACAACACAGGGGACCGACCAAUGGGAGAAUUGCCUUCCAAUUCUCGUGGGGGUUCAACACCUGAGGCAUUGAGCAUUGUGUUGCGACAUGCACAUCGUCUUCUUGGGGGUCAUGCUACCGCAGCAUUAUCACAUAUUGCAGGACGUUUAGAGCAAGAGGCGGGUUCUGCUGAUUCCACUGCGAGAGGCCAAAUUCAGGCAGAAUCAGUGCAAGUAGGUCUUGCAAUGCAGCAUUUAGGUUCUCUUCUUCUCGAGCUUGGUCGGACAAUAUUGACGCUGCGUAUGGGACAAUAUCCUGCUGAAUCUUCUGUUAAUGCUGGGCCUGCGGUUUAUAUAUCUCCAUCGGGGCCUAAUCCUAUAAUGGUUCAGCCUUUUCCUCUUCAAACCAGUUCCUUUUUUGGUGGUUCUGCUGUUCCUCCAUCAAAUUCAGUUGCUUUUGGCCCUGUUGGCAUUGGAAAUGUUCCGAGGCACAUAAAUAUUCAUAUACAUACUGCUGUUGGCACCAGGGCAACUAAUGCAGAAGGAAUGCAGCAGGGAGAACGUGUUAAUGGAGCUGCUUCUGGUGAUUCAGUUAUUGCAGAAGUCAAUUCGCAAAUUAGAAAUUUUGUCAAUAAUAUGAGGAGUGAAAACCAGGCCCAAUCAGGCCAAACAGAGAGCUCAACUGUUCAAGAUCAAUCUAGGGGAUCCAUUGUUCGUAAUGAGGAGAGGAGCGAUCAACUUGGAAACUCAGUUGUCAAUGGAGUUGGAGAGACAAGUCUUCCUCUGCCUGGGGUGCCAGAGAUGGAAGAUCAGAAGACACAAUCUGAAUGCCAUCAACCUAGUAACAAUAAUGAUUCAAGGGAUGUUGCAAGCUUGAAAGACGUACCCUCUAGUAGCUCAGUUGGAGGUGAUGUUAGCUGUUCGGGUGGAGAAAUGACACUUAAGCCACUAGUCAAUAUGGAAGGUGCUCCGGCAUCCAGUCAAGGUAUUGAUAAUGUUGAUGGUUCGACAGCAGUUCCUCUUGGAUUAGGGCUGGGAGGCUUGCAACCUAAGAAGAGAAGCAGGCAACAAAGAUCUCAAGGCCUGAGUGGAGAUGGUGCAACUUCUAAUACUCCUACAACUCAAGACCAAGAUGCUAGAACAGACGGCCAAAAGGUUUUGCAAUCUCUUGCAUCACUUGCAAGUAGGAGGAAUGCAAAUACACCGCCAUCAGGGCAGCUUCCUCAUUCUGCUGGGGGAGUCCUGGAAAAUAUGCCAUCAGGGGGGCGAAGUGCCAUUGGCCAAUUUGAUGCAUCAGGUGUUAUGUCUGAGGUUCUCCACAGUCCUGCUUUAAAUGGUUUACUAUCGGGGGUUUCACAGCAAACUGGGGUGGGUUCCCCUGAUGUAUUGAGAAAUAUGUUAGAACAAUUGACUCAAAGCCCAGCAAUGAUGAACACAGUCAACCAAAUUGCUCAACAGAUUGACAGCCAAGAUAUUGGAAACGUGUUUUCAGGUUUGGGAGUAGGCCAAGGUGGUGGCAUUGAUCUGUCAAGGAUGGUGCAACAAAUGAUGCCCAUUGUUUCUCAAGCUCUCAGCGGUGGUUCAACUGUUCCUCAACCAAUUCUUAGUGCGGUACCUGACCGCAGUGAGAGGAUGUCAAGCAGAGAUGAGAGAUCAUUUGAUCAAAAUUCUCAGGUUCGUACCAGCAAAGAGAAAUAA